CAUUAUUAUUAUUGGAUAUCAUAUUAGCAAUCAUUUGGAUAAAUGUUGUUCAAUGUGAUCCACGUGCCAUCAUAUAUAAAGGAAAGGUUAAUAUCGGUCUACUAAUCGGUGCCCAUUCAAGCAGUUCAUCCGAUUCAUUAUGUGAUGUCAUCGAUGUCAGCGGAAUUUACAAUUCAAUGGCCACCGUAUGGACACUUCAUAUGUAUAAUCAACGACAACAACGAGUCAACAGUUUCGAUGAAAUCGGUGUCUUUAUAUACGAUACGUGCGGUUUGGCAGAUGUGGCCCAUCGGCAGUCCGUACGACUCAUAUCGCACUCGUUUUUGCCGACCAAUCGGGUCUGUCGCGAGGCCAAGACUAUGCCGCCACCACUAAUCGGUGUUAUAUAUGAUGGACCAACAUAUGAUAAAUCGCUUGACUUAUUUAAGACAUUCAAUGUUCCCAUCAUAACAACAACAACUACUACCAGUGCUGGUGAAAGACCUCCUAUUGAUGGCAAUUCAUCGAUGGCUAAUGUUUUUACAGUUGCACCACCAAUCAGAUACCUGUCCAAUGCAAUCAUGUCAUUAGUAAAAGAGCUUAACUGGCGGUCGAUGUCAUUGGUUGUGUCCGAUGAAGAGCCAGCCUUUGACAGCCAAUACUUGCACUCAUUGUCACUGAAAAGCUAUAAUGACUUGAAUUUUGUCAAUAAUAAUAAUAAUAAUAAUUUCAAUAAAAUUGAUCGCUCGACAAACACAGAGUUCCCUAAAAAAAGGUAUCGACGAAGAGAUGAACUGUCUGAUGCCAACACCAUAUUUUACUUGAGCUCUGGUGAAGCCAUGAAUCUAUUAAAUAGUUUGAGCAGAAAUAGUGGUUCAGCAGCCGAUAGUAGUCAUUAUCACCAACAACAACAACAACAACAGGCAUCCAAUUACUCUUAUAUAAUUGUCACAAACAAUGACAUAUCAGUCCAAAUAAAGCAAUCGCAGGAACAGCUGCUGAAGCGUAACGAUAAGCUAAGGAAAAACGUUUUCCUGGUAUCGCCUCUAAUGGAAAAGUCAAGUGAAUAUCAUAAUUAUUUCGAAACAAUGGUCAAUAAGAUGGAUCAGAUGAAAGAAGAAAAAGGAGGAGACAGUCAUCAUCAUCGUCAGCAACAGCCGUUAAUCGCUGAAUAUAGAAAAGCCAACCAAUCAUCGACUACUCCUCACGAUUCCCGGAGCGUCUCCGUUAUGGUUAAGGCUGUUUGGGCACUGACCCAGGCUUAUCAGAAUUUAUAUCAAAGACAAUGCACAGGAAAUAAGCUAAACAACUGUCAUCUGUCGACAAAUGCCAAUCUGACGUCAAUGAUGGCCGACAGUCUGACCAACUUGAAUACAGUGGUCACCGACAGUGGUCUCAAAGACAUUAACGGUGUUCGGCUAAGUUUCGAUAACAAUCGUAGUCUGGUUUCCUGGAAAUACCAGAUUAUGAUUGUGGCAUCAAAUUGGCAGACCAUAAGUCUUGGUUUCUAUAGUCUGGACACCGGACUAACUAUUGACUCGAAGUUUAUGCACACAAUACUAGCAAAUCGGAUCAAUAGGGCUCGACUAAGACAUAGAUCUAUGAUUAAGGCUGGCAGAAGCGGCAGCGACGGUAAUGGGCCUACAAAUACAUUGAGCUCAAUGUCGUCAAACCAAUUACCAUUGUAUAGACAGCCAGUUUGGGCCGGUAAUGCUAGCCGUAUAAAUAUAUCGCCGUCGAGUCUAAUGCGGUCAUCAGUUAAAUAUCAUAUGGUCUCGUCAUCGACGACACCAAUUGAGAGGAGAACUUUAGCCGCCGCUGCCGAUGAACAACACUCGCAGCCGCUACUAAAUAACAGUAGUAGUAGUAGUAGUGAUGGUCAACAACAACAACAACAAUCCAGUAGUGGUGCCUCAGAAGACACAACACCAACAAAUCAUGUGACACGCAAGCGGUUUAAUGGAUUGACGGCUUCGUUGGGCACAAUGUGGUCGUCGGUGAUAUUGAGUACAUCCAUACUGGGCAUACUGGUCACACUUUAUGUACAAACAUUUCUAUUGAUGAAAUCGUGCGAAGGAGCCCUAAGAAAAGCCAAUCAGGCACUGGUAACCUGUCAUCUGAUAGCCAUUACCAUCAAUUUUUUGGGAUCUUCACUUUUUGUAUUUUAUCCGACAUCAUUGUUAUGCUGUACCCGACAUACCAUACAUAACAUAUCGCUGACACUACUAUUCGGGUCGCUAUUGAUAAGAGCGAUGUAUAUCAGAGCCCAGAAGUCCAUUGGUUUGGGCGGUCGGACCAGUCGUCUCAAUCAAAUGCUUACAUUAGUCUUUAUUGUCGGCAUUCAGACGGCACUCGAGUAUCAAAAGUGGAAAUAUGAGUUUCUAUUGAUACCCAACGGUGAUGAAAGUUUGGCCAAUUUGGCCAAACUUUGCAUCCAUGACGGACACGAUUUUAUAAGAAGUCAAAUCUAUAUAACGACAAUACUAUCGCUACUAUUGAUAAUGUGUUGGUCGGCCCGAUCGACACCGUUUAACCAGAAAGAUGGCAACCAAUUGAUGAUAGUAUCACUGUUGACGACAAUGGUAUUCAUUGCAUCCAUGGUUAGCAUAAUGAAUAUGGGAAACAAAACUACUGUCAAAUACAUGGAUAUCGUAAUUGCCUUAUCAAUGAAUAUCUAUGGCUUUCUAGUACUAUUGGGUUUGUUUGUACCCUUAUUGCAUACUAUACACAAGUAUGGUAUACUGGUACCAAAAUCGGGAUCGUAUGCCGACUCAUUAUCGACAAUAUUUACCAGUUUCGGGGCACAGGAUCUCAUCACUGAUGGCUGUUCAUCGACGCACAACUCAUCCACCAAACAGUAUAGAGAUUGUCAUAACUCUAAGAUUAGUAAAUCGUUUGAUUUUCAUAACAAUAUCAACAAAAAUAAAAAUAAUGGUAACAACGGAGGAGGAGGUGGUGGCAAUUUUUUUGCUAGAGUUUCGCCCAAUUGUUAUACUACUCCUCCGAUUGUUAGUCCCUAUAAAAUUGUUGCCCGAAAUACUAACUGUUCACUAAUGCAUAAUACACUAUAUGAAGGGGUGCCGGGAUUCAGAUCUGCUUAUCCUUAG